AUGGCGUCCUCGCUCCCGUCUCCUCCCUCGAGUCAGUCACCGAGUCUUGAGCCAAAGGAAGACUCCAUACCAGUAUCAGAAAAGGAGGAGGACGGAACAUUAGACCCGCCGCUGCAAGAGACUGGAGUCAAAAAUGACACGGGAACGGAACAGCUCUCAGACAGACUUGAUACACUUCUUGAAUCCUACCUGGACAUGCUAGACACCUACACCCGGCUCCGCGAGCAGCUAUCCCAGGACUUCUCUGCAGGGUUCUUCGCACUGGCGCAGGCCAACCGAAACUCAAUACUUGGUCCAGGCAGACGAUAUGGAGAAGAAGGUUAUGACAAGCGCAUGAAAGCCUUGAAGAGGGUGCACAUUGUGCAGAGCCAAAGCAAGAGCAAGGGUGGCGGAACAAGCAGUGAAACCUCAACAGCGGGAGAAGACGGGAGGUGCACCGGGUCAGAUGCAAACAGCAAAGAGGUAGCCCAGGUUGGCUACGAAUCCGCAGGAAACGGAGGCUCCGCGGAGCGAAACGUAUACCAGGGGUCAGGAGCUGAAGGAGACACAAGGCUGCAAGGAGUUUAUACACCGCCGACCGCCUCGGUUCCCCCAACUGCUGGGCAAGGUCUGAGCCAAGAACAAGAAGGCGCAGAUGCAGAUGCAGGCGAAGGUGCAGAUGCAGACGCCGAACGGCGAUCCCGACUCUGGCACAACGGCCAGUCUUCAUCACCCUCAAGCUCCAAGCACGCUGCCUGUGGAAUCGAACAUUCGGGUGCUCCGAGCGUUGCCAACACCCUCUCUUACAACUCGUACUCCACCACCUCCACAUUGACAAGCGGGCGCGAGAAGAAGGACGCGCCUUCACCUGAGUCAACCCCCUCGUCCGACGAGAAGACGACCGUUCCCACCACAUCUGCACAAAAUAUCUCGACAUCUAGCACUUCGUCUGAGUCCAAACCAUCGCCGAACACCAACACCAACACCAAACAGAAAGAAUCCAAAGACCCUGUAAGAUGGUACGGCAUCCUCGUGGCCCCAGCCCUACGCCAGUGCCAAAGCCAUUUCCACACCUCCGUAUCCUCGACCAUCCCAGACCUCGUAUCUACAAUGUCUGCACUUGACAGUCUAGAGCGGGAGAUUUGGCGGCUCCGGCGCGAAUUGGGUGUACAUGGCAUGUACGAGGAUCCUGAAGACGUCAAUAACAACCACGGCGACGAAGACAUCACGACAGUCAUGGGAGCUCCGGAUGAAGAAGAUGUGCGUCAACCUAGAAAGGGCCAUGGCACCUCCACCUCCACCUCCAACACCAAACGUAGCCCCAAGACAUCCACGAGGAGACAGUCUCUAUUGUCCCCUUCAGCUGCGGCCCCCGAACCACGGUCGAGAGUGUUGAAGCUGGAUUGA